CGAGGCGCGCCCCGGCGGAAGCGGCGGCGGGGCGGCCAUGGCGGCCGACAGCCGGGAGGAGAAAGAUGGAGAACUCAAUGUCUUAGAUGACAUUUUGACUGAAGUACCAGAGCAGGAUGAUGAACUGUAUAAUCCAGAGAGUGAACAAGAUAAAAGUGAGAAGAAGGGAUCAAAAAGAAAAAGUGACCGAAUGGAAUCUACUGACAGCAAACGACAAAAGCCUUCUGUUCAUUCAAGACAGUUAAUUUCUAAGCCUCUGAGCUCAUCUGUUAGUAAUAAUAAAAGAAUAGUCAGUACAAAAGGAAAAUCAGUCACAGAAUAUAAAAAUGAAGAAUAUCAAAGAUCUGAAAGAAAUAAGCGUCUCGACACUGAUGGUAAAACCCGCCUGUCAAGCAGUGCCUCCAGAGAAGCCUACAAGGGCCAGCCUGAAAGAGCUGGCCUGCGGAAAAGGGAUCCUGAAAGAAGGGCCAAGUCUUCUACGCCUGAUGGUUCUGAGAGAAUUGGGCUUGAAGUUGAUAGACGGGCAAGUCGAUCCAGCCAGUCUUCGAAGGAAGAGGUGAACUCUGAGGAGUAUGGCUCAGACCGUGACACUGGAAGCAGUGGUUCCUCUGAUCAGGGUGGCAACACCGAAAACGAGGAGGAAGGGGCGGAGGAGGACGUGGAGGAAGAUGAAGAGGUAGAAGAUGCAGAAGAUGAAGAGGUGGAUGAAGAUGCAGAGGAGGAGGAGGAAGAGGACGACGACGAGGAUGAGGAGGAAGAGGAAGAAUAUGAGCAGGAUGAGAGAGACCAAAAGGAGGAGGGGAACGAUUAUGACACUCGAAGUGAGGCCAGUGACUCGGGCUCGGACUCUGUGUCCUUCACAGAUGGAUCAGUCAGGUCUGGUUCAGGCACCGAUGGAUCAGAUGAGAAAAAGAAGGAACGGAAACGAGCUCGAGGUAUAUCACCAAUAGUCUUUGAUCGUAGUGGAAGCUCUGCGUCGGAGUCCUAUGCAGGUUCAGAAAAGAAGCAUGAGAAAUUAUCAUCUUCCGUUCGUGCUGUCCGAAAAGAUCAAACCAGUAAACUCAAGUACGUUCUUCAGGAUGCAAGGUUUUUCCUCAUAAAGAGUAACAACCACGAGAAUGUGUCUCUGGCCAAAGCAAAGGGCGUGUGGUCCACACUGCCUGUGAAUGAGAAGAAAUUAAACCUUGCAUUCAGAUCUGCCAGGAGUGUGAUUCUGAUAUUCUCUGUCAGGGAGAGUGGGAAAUUUCAAGGGUUUGCAAGACUUUCGUCGGAAUCACAUCAUGGAGGAUCUCCUAUACACUGGGUGCUUCCAGCGGGAAUGAGUGCUAAGAUGCUCGGAGGUGUCUUUAAAAUUGACUGGAUUUGCAGGCGUGAAUUGCCCUUCACUAAGUCAGCUCAUCUCACCAAUCCUUGGAAUGAACAUAAGCCAGUAAAGAUUGGACGUGAUGGACAGGAAAUUGAACUUGAAUGUGGAACCCAGCUUUGUCUUCUGUUUCCCCCUGAUGAAAGUAUUGACUUGUAUCAGGUCAUUCAUAAAAUGCGUCACAAGAGAAGAAUGCAUUCUCAGCCCCGAUCAAGAGGACGCCCAUCCCGCCGAGAGCCAGUCCGGGAUGUGGGAAGGCGUCGACCAGAAGAUUAUGAUAUUCAUAACAGCAGAAAGAAACCAAGGAUUGACUAUACCCCUGAGUUUCACCAAAGACCAGGGUAUUUAAAGGACCCUCGAUACCAGGAAGUUGACAGUUUCACAAAUCUUAUUCCCAACAGACGAUUUUCAGGAGUUCGCCGAGAUGUGUUUUUAAAUGGGUCCUACAAUGACUAUGUGAGGGAAUUUCAUAACAUGGGACCACCACCUCCUUGGCAAGGAAUGCCUCCUUAUCCGGGAAUGGAGCAACCUCCACAUCAUCCUUACUACCAGCAUCACGCGCCGCCGCCUCAAGCACAUCCCCCUUACUCAGGACACCAUCCCGUUGCGCAUGAAGCAAGAUACAGAGAUAAGCGUGUACACGAUUAUGACAUGAGGGUGGAUGAUUUCCUGCGCCGCACGCAAGCUGUGGUCAGUGGUCGGAGAAGUAGACCCCGUGAAAGAGAUCGGGAGCGAGAGCGAGACCGUCCAAGAGAUAACAGAAGAGACAGAGAGCGAGACAGAGGUCGUGACCGGGAACGAGAGAGAGAGAGAAUAUGUGAUCGGGACAGAGACCGAGGGGAGAGAGGUCGAUACCGAAGAUAAUGCGCUUUUGGAAGCACUGAUGGAAGAGAAAAAAAUAUUGUAUUUUUUUGUGUGUGUUUACAAGUAGUAAAUUUAUUUUCAGCUGUCUACUUAAAGUUCAUUGUGUAGAAAGAUUUAUUAUCAUCUUGUUUUCCAAGCAUGCAGUAUAAUAACUGGAAAAUUCAAAUCUGCCAAAAAUGCACAGUUGACAGUUGAGUUGACACUUAAAUGGGGCAGAAUGGAUCAGUCCAAGAAUGUAGAUAUUGGUUUAUUUUCCAUAAAUGUUCAUCUUAGAGUUAUUUUUUUCUUUCGGAUCUUGAUGAGGAAUUGCCAUGGAAUUUUGGUUUGCUGUUUCCCCAUGUCGUUGCACAUGGUUCAGUAAAGCGAUGCUGCUGUCUGGUCCGCAGAUGUUGAGGGGAUGGCUUCACCGUGGCAGUGUGUGUAGCAGCCUCCUGGUUCUUUUUCCCCCUUUCUUUAAAACUUGCAAAGUCAUUAUUUUUUAGUCUUCAAUGAUGAGAGCAAUAUUAGGAAGACCUUGCUGUCUAAUUUUUAGUCUUUUUAAAUGAGAAGUCCUAUGUUCAGUAGCGUGGUUGAUGCUGUUGUUAGCCUUCCUGUAAACUGCACAUCAGCUUGGAAUGUUCAACUACGUGUGGGCAGGCAGCAGAAGAGAUUCCUCCAUCCUACGUUGCUACUGUUUUGUAUAAAAUAAAUUGGUAAAGAUUGACACUUAA